UUGAUAAUCAUGAGCAUGUUAUUUGCUUCAACAAGGACACAAUUCGAAAAGCAUCAGAUAUUUGUGUCUCCACUUGAAAUCUAAUCAAAAGAUAGGGGGGUGAUUAAACGAUUUGCAAAAUCGAUCUAGUCAUAGUGUGAUAAAGCAUUUUAGCUUAAACACAAAGAUACUUAAACAUCAUGAAAGCAGCAAUUUUGCUGAUAAGUUUGGCACUUACCUUAGCCAGUGCCCUUCUUACGGACCAGGAAGAAUGGGCGAACUUUAAGACUCUUCACAAAAAAAUAUAUCAAUCAGCUGAAGCAGAAGCGCAGCGCUUUGAGGUAUUCAAGAACAACUUGGAGAUGAUACGUAAACAUAAUUUGGAGUUUGAGCAAGGGAAAACCAGCUGGAAGAUGGGGGUUAAUCAGUUUUCCGACUUGACCGAAGAGGAGUUUAAAAAUAAUGUUAAAGGAAUUUUGCCACCAAAAAACAAUAAGCAGUAAUAACUGAAUAAAGUAGCAAAAUCAAGUUGACUGAAA